AUGGCUGAUAUACCCUCAUUUCACAAUCUGUCCCUGGACAGACAUGGGAAUGUGUUUGUCUUAACUAUGCAAAAGGCCCCCGAGAAUCGUCUGAAUUCCCGUUACUGUCAAGAGCUGAUCAGAGCAUACCGGACAGUGGAAAAGCUCCUAGGUCCUGGUGCAGAGGGCGCUGUGAUCACCAGAGGGAAUGACGCUAAGUUCUGGUGCACUGGACUAGAACUCGAGGAAUCCGAUAAGAAUCCAUUCGCAAAUUCAGAUGGGUUCUACCCUCUUAUCCAUACUAUACUCGACUUUCCGUUCCCAACUAUUGCCCUGCUCACAGGGCAUACCUUUGGCGGCGCAUGUCCACUGGCACUGGCACAUGAUUACCGUGUGAUGAACUCACGCAGGGGCUUCAUUUCAAUGCCGCCAGUCGAUCUCGGAUUACACUUUGAGGGGAUCGGGUCGCUUCCGCGAUUGAAACUUCGACCACAGGUAGCUCGAAAGAUGCUCUUAGAAGCUCACAGAUGGACUGGUACAGAAGCGCUCGAAGAUGGUAUUGUGGAUGCAGUUGCAGAGCCAGAGAAAAUGCUUGAUGUGGCGUUGGAGAUUGCGGCACAGUGGGCGCCCAAGGCGCGGAUGGGAGUGUAUGCUUUGCUUCGACAGGAGCUAUGGGGCGACGCGAUCAAGAAAUUCCAGCGAAUUAGCUAUGUUCAUAGUCGAGUUACUUCGGCCCCAGCGAAGGUCAAGAUUUAA